UCUUUUCAAUUUUCUGCUUGUAGACCACAGGUAAAAUGGACGAAAACAUGUUUGUGGCCAUCACCAGCACCAAUGCCGCCAAGAUCCUGAAUCUGUACCCUCGCAAGGGUCGGAUUGCUGUGGGCUCCGAUGCCGACCUGAUCAUCUGGGACACAGACUCAGUUCGUACAAUCACUGCCAAGACUCACAAUUCGGCUGCCGAAUACAACAUCUUUGAGGGCAUGGAGCUGCGUGGAGCUCCACUGGUGGUGAUCUGCCAGGGAAAGAUUGUUCUGGAAGACGGAAAACUUCAAGUCACCUCUGGAGUGGGACGUUUCAUUCCCUGCUCUCCAUUCCCAGACUUUGCCUAUAAGCGAGUCAAAGCCAGGAAGCAGGUAAGCAUGUCAACAACGCUGAUGAUAAACCCCUGCCUUAACAGUUAGCUAGUUCUUCACAAU